CUCUGAUUGGUUCAGAGACUCUAUCCGGGUACUGAGCUGGAACGAGCUAAAGGUACCAAUAUGGCGGAGGCUUCCUUCGGGAGUUCGAGCCCAGUUGGCUCUUUGUCGUCGGAAGAUCAUGACUUCGAUCCGUCAGCCGAGAUGCUAGUUCAUGAAUAUGACGAUGAGAGGACUUUGGAGGAGGAAGAGUCAUUUGAGGGCGAGAAAAACUUCAACUCAGAGAUAGCCGAUCUAGAGAAGACCCACUGCAACUGGACACAGACAUUUUAUGAAACUCCUUUUUCCACGAAUCGAGGGCGAAGAUGGUAUCGCCAAUACCAGGAGGGGAACAUGCCCUUGGAGGAACUGCUGGCCAUCUACCGCUACGAGGCGUCUGUCAGUACGGCUGCAGGAUCCAGCAUGGACAGCUCUUCUGGGGAGCUGACGGAUGAACUGCCAGACAUGACUUUGGACAAGGAGGAGAUUGCUAAAGACCUGCUAUCAGGAGACUAUGAGGAGGAGACCCAGUCCUCCGCUGAUGACCUUACUCCUUCAGUCACUUCCCACGAGGCCACUGACUUCUUCCCCAGAACACUCAGAUCUAACACUAUCUACGACGGUGAUAAGGAGUCGGAGUGUGAGGAGGAUGGGCCAAGCCCUGAGGACUCCAGAAAGGAAAUAAUGGUGGGAUCGCAGCACCAAGCAGAGGUCCCCACUCACCUCUGUCACUAUGGUGUUGAUGAGAAGGUAUACGAAGAUGAUGACCAGUUGCUAUGGACCCCGGACGUGUUGUCAGAGAGUAAGGUCAGGGACUUCCUGUGUGAGGAGUUGUCAUGGGCAACUGACGAGAGGACAAGAAGUGACAUGGCAGGAGCUCAUGUGAAAGACAAUGAGCAGGCUCUGUAUGAGCUUGUGAAAUGCAACUACAAUACCCACAAAGCAUUGGAGCGAUAUUGCAGUAAUGUGAAAUCCUCAAAGGAGGAAUCCCCACCGUGGUCUGAAGAUGAAUGCAGAAACUUUGAACAUGCACUACAGAUAUACGAUAAGAAUUUUCACCUCAUACAGAAACACAAGGUGAAGACACGAACGGUAGCUGAAUGUGUGGCCUUUUACUACAUGUGGAAGAAGUCGGAGCGCUUUGAUUUCUUCGUCCAGCAGAACCGCUUUGGCAAAAAGAAGUAUAGCAGCUAUCCUGGCGUAACGGACCUGAUGGACCGGCUGGUGGACGAGGCGGAGGGCCUGGCAGUAGACAGCUCCUCCUCUGUUUGCUCAGGUGGAGGAGGAGGAGGGGUGAGGAUGGAGCCCACCACAGAGCAGCAGCUCAGCCUGCUCAACUCCAUCACUGCCAGCGACCUCACAGCCCUGAGUAACAGCGUGGCCACAGUGUGCAGCCCAGCGGAGGUGAGCUGCCUGGACUCGUACAGUUUCCCCCCUCUGGAGAGCCUCCACCGGGGGUCCCUGGCCCACGACGAGCCCCUGGGCUUUCCAUCCAACGGAGGGGACCCCAACUGUCUCAACAUGCUGGAUGCUGGCUUCUACCACUCGGACCUGGGCCAGCUGGGUGGGGUGUGCGGGGCCAAGGAAUGUGAGCGGCCCUCUAAGAGGCUCAAGUUGGCACUGCCCGACUCCUUCAUCAACGAUGCUUCUGUGGGAAACCUCGGAGUGGACUUUGAGGGGCGGCGGAAAAUGACACACCACCGUAUCACUGGCACCAAGAUGGCAGUGUCCGUCACAGACUUUGGGAGUUUGGCGGGGAGCCCAACAGACUUAUGGGAGCAAACACACGGCAUCACGCACAGCACAGCACGGCGCUCCAGUCAGUGUGACCUCCCGCCGCCCCGCCCCCAGAGUUCCACCUUUAAAACCACUCUCCCAUGUGUACAUAAGACUCACUCACUGGAGAAUUAGAUUUGUAUUUAAUAAUUAUAUAUAUGAAUAUACAUUUAUUUCAUUUGUGAAAUAUGACAUCAGUGAUGUCUUUAUCGUAUAGAACUAAAAAUCUUGAUUUCUCAAGAGUUUAUAUAGCCAUUUAUUUUCUCUGGUCCUGAGAUGUUUAAUGUCCGUGUUUGUGUACAGUGGGGUCCGGCCCAAGGCUGCGGAUAGACAGUUGUUUGCACCCACCCCCCCCAAGUUAUCCUGUCACUCAUAUUCAGCUGCCAAAACAUCUUUGUUCUGGUUUCAUAUGUACUUUGUUCAUUGUUAAAGUGGUACUUUUGAUUGAAUAUCAGUGUUUAUAGGUAAUUAUAGUAUCCAGGCUUGGGCAAAUGUUAUUUUGUCUGAGAUGAGCCUGGGGUUUGUAUUUAAUGCAACAACACUCAUUGUUGUCGAGGCGUUGUAGGUUAUAACUCGUUAUAACCUCCCUCUCUGCCUUAGUUUUUUUCUCCUGUGGAAGCUUAUUUUGUACUCAACCUGCUUUUUUCAGACCUUAACAGUCCAAAGUGGCCAAACCAGAGGAGAAUGUUCUAGAAAUGUAACAGUAUAUUAAAUGAUAAUUUCUCAUUGUUCAUUCUCGUGAGUCGUGACAGGUCAAGACAGAUUCAGCCUUAUAGUCUCUAAAUUUAAAACUAACACCCCAAUAAGCAGAGCAGCUUUAUCUGUCCAUCAGAUUGUCUGAAACGUUUCCUUAAAAAUCGCUCGUAUUGCCCCAGAAAUUAGUCUCAUGAAAAUAUUUUACUUUAUGAAGGAAAAUGUUUUUUGGAUUGGUAUAAGUGUUGCUUUGAGAUGUCAUGUGUUCAGUUACAGUAAUGUAUAUAGUUUCUACCCUAUACUCUUGGCACAAUACAAAUCUAUUUUGGCCCAGGCAAGUUGUGCUGUUUGCAUGUUUAUCAUGGAGUUUGUUGAGCUUGACCACUCGGCAAAAAAAAAAAAAAAAAGAGCAAAACAAAUUAUUCUAAAUUGUAUUGCAACUAAAACAACCUGCGUAAGAUUGUUAGAAGUAUUAUUUCCUUAUUUAAAGCCACUUUCAUGUAACUUCCACAGUACGGACGGGAGGAUGCCUUUUAUUAUCCGGUCUAUAAAUUCAUGUCCAGUUGCAGUCUUAACAGCCUACUUAUUUUUCUCUUGACUGAACUAAUUGUGAAUUGUUGAUUGUCGUGGAGUCAUCACUGUGUUAAUGAGUGCAGUAAUAGUGUUUACUUAAUUUAACUAUGCAUUGUGAGUUGGAUAAUUAGUUUGUUUUGGGGGUAUUUAAUUCUGAAUGUCAGACACAGAAGUCCAUAGAUUUUUACAUAAAGAUGUACCAUCCAAUAAUUCACUAUCCUGAGUGUGUCCUGUCGGGUUUCUUGCAUAUGAUCAUUGGUUUUACCUAGGUAGGUGUUAUCUAGUCACUAUUUCUAUGGCAAACAUUGGAGUCGGCUGUUUGUUCACCUUGCAUUGUUUCCCCAAAUGUGGACAGUUUCAUGUAAAUAAUUAGCUAAUAGCCAUGAAAAUGUCUUCAUUGACUUAAACUUGUGAAUCUGGGUUGAUACAAAGACUUUAAAUUGUAUUCCUUGUAAAAGGGCAAUGUGUAGAUAUGUACAGACAUUACAUGUUCUUACGUUUUACUGAUGGACUUUGUGUUUGGAUACUUUGGGGGGACAAUGCAUGCUAGCUGUGUGACAGUUCUUGAAAAUGUACCACAAAAAGGCUUUACCUAAGACUUAUUAAUAUAUUAUUCAAUGUCGCAUUUUGUGUUCUGAAGUCUGCAAUCAUACGUACAAAUCCCAUUUUGUUUCUCUUUUAUCAUUUUAUUUCCACAUUGCUGUCUUUGUCUUGGUGAUAAAGGGAUUGCUUCUGUAGUCCCUAUCUUGAGAGAUGGGUCUAGUCCAGAAUCAAGCCCCUAUCCCUUAGGUACUUGCAUAGAUCUGGUAUGGUUGGAUAAAUAUAACCAAAAAUGGUAUACCAUAUUGCUUAUACCCAUCAAAUACUUACAGAUACAUCAAGUGCCUAGGGAGAUGUACCAAAUGAUUGUUGCUCACCAUCAUACAAAGUGCAGAUGCAGUGGGUGUGUCCAGGUGCUCUCUAGCUUUAGAAGUGCAGGGAUAUAUUUUUCACCCAAUGGUUUGUACAAAGACUCGGAAAUACUGUCUGAAUGUAAAGGCCAUUGACUAGUAGAUUAAUAUUUAGAUUUUACAACCCUGUGCUGAAAUCUCGUGAUUUCAUUGAGACUUGUGUGUAAGAAAGCACUAAACUAAUUCCUUUUAUAUUUUGUAUUGUGUUUUGAAGAUAGGGGGGGUGACUAUAGCAGAUAGAUAUAUAUAUAUAAAAUCUAGUUCUGUGAAUAAAACCUGAAAAACGUGUAUCCAGAAAUAGACAAUCAACACAUUUACAAUCAAAUGUUAAGAAAAUCUUUAUUGUUUAUAAGAAUUGUACAUAGACACUGAAUUGUUUUUUUUCUUUUGGUUUUAAGCAUUUUGUAUUUUCUGUUCUUUAAUACAUGGUGUACGGAUCCAGAAAAAAGAUCUGGAAAAUGUC